AUGAUAAUCGCUGGCUCAGAAAUCCUCAGGUCAAAGAUAUUGUCUCUGCAACUUGGAUGGAUCAAUGCCAGUACCUACCUCCACAUCUCUUUGGCAAAGCUAUUAUUCAAUGUCGGGAUGCUCUUGCAAGAUGGAAGCGUUCUGCUCCUACUAAUUCCCGAAAGCAGAUCGAGGAUUUGA